AUGGGAAGCAAUUGUACAGGCCAAGAGACCCAAGCAAACUUUGAGCCAGAAGCUUCAAAGAGAAGCAAGCGGAUCAAAAUGUCAGAAUCUAUUAGAACAGCAAAAUCAAUUGACUCGUGUCAAAUCCGAGAAUUCACAUCAAACAACGGAUAUAGAUCCGCUUUAUUGGCACAUGUAAUGUUAAACAGGUAUAUCUACUUUGAGGCUACAAUCACUUCAAAUGAAGGAUACUCAAGAGUUGGAUUUGCCAGCAGCGGUGCCGAGAUUAAUGGCCCAAUCGGCAUGGACGAGCACGGAUAUUCCUUUGGCAGUAAGAAUGGGUAUAUGUUUCACAAAGGCAAGCGUGCUAAAUAUGGUGAAAGAUACUUCAAGGGCGAUAUAGUCUGCUGCCUGAUAUUUUCUGACGGUUCGGCACAAAAACUAACGUUUUUUGUUAAUGGAGAAGAAGUCUCUAAAAAACCUAUCGAUGUAAAGCCAGAUGCAUAUCAUCCUGCAGUCUCAGUGUGCAAAAACUGUGUGUUGAGUAUCAAUGUUGGGCCUUAUUUUGUAUUUAAGGAUAAGAUUUCUAAAAAAUAUGAAUUUUUAAGAUAG